GCGGCGGAGCGCCGCGGAAGGAAAGAGACAGGAGAUAGAUAAAACCCGGGCUGGGGCGAACUGGGGGGACCCCGUGCCCCUCGGCAUCCAGCGCUUCCGCGCCAGGAGGGAGCGCAAUCCGGCGGUCCGGCUGGAGGCAGCGGCGCUGGAGAGCUGGGAGCCCGGGCGCGCUGGACAGCACUGCGGUGGCCCGGGGGACCCCACGGCCCCUCCUUUUUCCGCGCCCCGCCUGGGGGGCAGCCCCCGACCCGCCUCCCCGGCCCUGGGAGAUGAGCCUAUCGGGCUGAGCAGGGAGCAGAACGCGCCCGGCGCGGGGGCUGCGGGCGAGGGGCCUCGGAAGUGGGGGGCUGCGCCUGAGUGGGGUGCAGGGCCCGCGGCGCAGAUGGCCGUGCGCGGUGCCGCCACCCUGACGCCCUUCUCCAUCCAAGCCAUCCUCAACAAGAAGGAGCAGCCCCCGCCCGACGGCCGGCCGCUCCAGGGGGGGACCGGGGGGCCCGGGGCUUCGGGCUGUUGGCGGCUGUGCAGGGCGGCGCGGGGGGGCGCCGAGGACCCGUUGCGGGGGUCCCCGGGGGUCCCCGGGCCGGGAGCGGGCUGCUGGGACUCGGACUCGGCGCUAAGCGAGGACCAGGAUUGCGGGCGGCGCUGCGCGGCCGGGCGGGGGUGCGGUUCGGCCGGGGUGGCCCUGGGCCUGGGGGCGCCCGCCUGCGAGCUGCCCGCCGCUCCCGAACUGGAGGAGGACGCCGCGGGCCCGAGCGACAGCGACAUGUCGGCCAGCGUCUCAGGUGACCGCAGCCCGCGGCCAGAAGACGAUGGCAUAGUCCCUGGGGGCUCCCGAGUGCCCGCGUUGUGCAGCAACCCCCAGGACUGCGACGGCGAGGGCGGCAAGCCAGCCGGCUGCGCGAAAGAGGAGGAGUCACCCGCGGCGCCCAAGCCCCGCAAGAAGCGGUCGCGGGCCGCCUUCUCACACGCCCAAGUGUUCGAGCUGGAGCGUCGCUUCAACCACCAGCGCUACCUGUCUGGGCCCGAGCGCGCAGACCUGGCCGCAUCGCUCAAACUCACCGAGACGCAAGUGAAAAUCUGGUUCCAGAACCGGCGAUACAAGACCAAGCGCCGGCAGAUGGCCGCGGACCUGCUGGCCUCUGCGCCCGCCGCCAAGAAGGUGGCGGUCAAGGUGCUGGUCCGAGACGACCAGAGACAGUACCUGCCCGGCGAGGUGCUGCGGCCGGCGUCGCUGCUGCCCCUGCAACCCUCCUAUUACUACCCCUACUACUGCCUCCCGGCCUGGGCCCUGUCCACCUGCGCCGCGGCAGGCACCCAGUGAGAGGCAGUACCCUAAGUGGGGAACCCACCCACCUACACCAGCUCCCCAGAGGAUGCCUCCCCCCAGGACGUGCGACCUAGUGGGCGAGCCUGUCCAGAGGAGGUGCCUCGUAACAAUUCCAAUACAACCCACCUUAUAAUAGCCUAGGGGACUGGGGGAGGGUUGCGAGGGUGUGUGUGUGGUGGGGGGUCUUGCUCCCCCUGGCACCUGCUUGGAAGCCCUGCGACUCUAUUUAUUACUGCGAUGUCGUCUGAUGAGGAUCGUGGCCGCUUCUCCCCUCCCACCACCUCAAGGAAGCAAACUCCUGGAGCACACAUUGCCUGAAGCCUACUCACCCUCAAGCCCACCCUGUCCAGAAUCCUCAGGCCCUCCAGGAGCCGCGAACGCUAGGCCACGUUAGUUCAUGGUAUCCAUGCUGCUGUUCUAUGUGUAUCUACAUAACUGUGCAGGGGGCGGAGGGGGUGCUUUUGGUAACAAGUGUACAGACUGCGGGGUACCCUGGCAGCCCCCCUUCUCGAAAGAGCUCCCAGGCCAGGGGUAGAUGGGGAUGCAGAGGGUUCCCCCCCUCUCCUCGCUUGUCAGAGCUCCAGUGGGGACUCCUAACUGGGUGAAGAAUGUACAGAGAAGGGGUACAGGGAAAGAUAGCUUCCCACCCCAUCUUCCCUCUGGAAGGCUGCUCAGGACCAGCGACCCACUGGGACCCCCAACAGCAGGAGGGAACAGCACCCCCUCCCCCAGCCCUCCCCCCAAAUCUCCCUUUGUUUCUUUUUUAUUUGUAAAGGAGGUUUGAAAACGUGUAGCACUUUCCAGUUGUUUGUAUUCAAAUGACGGUUAUUUUUGUAUUCAAUGUGAAUAUUCCUCCCCACCAGCCUGACUUCUUUCCUGUCCCUCUCCUGCAUUUCCCACCCUUUGGGGCCCCCUUUUCUCGGGUCUCUGGGUGAAUCCUGCCACCUUGACCCCUGCCCACCUCGUCCAAGACAGAUGCUUCUGAUGACCUGUCCAUCCCUCCGCCUCUGGUCUCCCUGGAGGCACCUGCACUCAGCUAGGGCGUUGACUUUGAAACAGAUUUGUGAAGUUUGGAAGCUCUAAUUUUUUCUCCUUUCCUUCCUUUAAUUUAUAAACGUUUAGUUUAACCCGCCGUGUUGGACGCUCUGUGUUUUCUCUGGGCCUCUUUCUGUCUGGCUUUGGGGGAGGCCAUGACAGGGUCACUGUUUGGAAACAGGGGGGCCCUGUUUCCAAACUUGCUUGGCCCCAGAUGGGGAGGAGGGAAGGCUGAGAACCCAAGAGACAACACUUAAACCCGCACCUCUCAGGGGGAUCUGUUUCAGGAACCCUGUGGGAGGCAGUUAUAAGCACAUUCCACUAAUCGGAGCAAGAACUUAGAACUUUCUUUUUCAUAUUUCUAUCAAUAUCUAUUUCUCUCCCUCUCUGCCUCCCCCCUCUGAUUUCCAAGUCCAAGCAGCCAUUUUCAUUAACCCCACCCAAGUCAGCAGGACCCCCCCCCAACCACCAACAAACUCUCUGCUUUCGAUUUUGCCAGCCAUUCUCUGAGAGAUUCUGGUGUUAUUUCGCGUUUAUUUCAUUUGGAGAAUAGACCAAACUAAAAUAAAAUAAAAUAAAGUUA